GCCCACAAUUCUCUACGACGGAUUCCAUGUUGGAGCUCGCAUACACCUAGGCUGUUGUUGCCAACCGUACGACCGUACAGUUCAUUGAAUGAUGGCCAUCACCGAAAAUCGCUUCCGACGCAUCGCAAUCGCGAUGCAAACUCCGAUCUCCCUUUGACUAUCCGCAAAGAUACAGGUGUUGUGGAGCAUGUCUUGUAGGCACCAUGAAAGCGGAAAGCCUGAGAAGCAAGGAUGACACUGAUUGGCGAUCUUAGGACAACUCUUGACCAAAUUGCCAACUGGGCACGCCAAGGCUCUCUCUGGCCUCUCAGUUUUGGUUUGGCCUGCUGUGCCAUUGAAAUGAUGCACCUCUCUAUGCCUCGCUAUGACCAGGACCGUCUUGGCAUCAUCUUCCGCGCCUCACCGCGUCAGGCCGAUGUUAUGAUUGUUGCUGGCACAGUCACGAACAAAAUAGGUCCAGCGGUACGGUUGUGUUACGACCAAAUGCCUGAUCCGAAGUGGGUUAUUAGCAUGGGAAGCUGUGCGAAUGGUGGAGGUUAUUACCACUACAGUUACAGCGUGGUGAGAGGUGUGGACAGAAUCAUCCCCGUCGACAUAUAUGUACCGGGCUGCCCGCCUACAGCUGAGGCAUUGAUGUAUGGCAUCUUUCAGCUACAAAAGAAGAUGAGACGGACUAAGGUGACGAGAAUGUGGUACCGCAAGUAA